AUGGGUGAUUCAUUCUACUCUACCUCGAGUCGAUCCCGUGAGUAUCGCCGCCAACGCCACUACACCACACCAGCCGAUUCACGCCAGCAAUCUAUUUCGACUACACCAGUUGGCUCUAGAUCUCGUACGCAUUCAAGGCGUAGCAGCAGAUUCGGACGCCACCCAUCUCCUGCAAGUACAUAUAUCUCAGCACCUAAUGACACAUCAUGGCAAGAUGAAGUUUCAUGGCACUUCAACCCUACCAAUGGAUGGCGUGACGAUAACAACGUCCUUGGCGCUGUUUUCAGCCCUGCACCUUGGUCUAACACUGGUACCAAUACACCUUUUGAAGGUUCUCGUGUUUUUAGACGCUCGGCCAAUGAUUUUUACCUUUCUCACCGUGGCUACACUAAUCCUGCGUAUUCAGCCACAUACAACACACCUUCAUCGUCUAGUAGGCUUGAGCUAAAGAGCUAUGUAGCUAGGGAUAAUAUUAGUUCAUCGUUUGUCCAAAGUUAUAGUAACCAUGGUGAUGAUUCUGUGGCUAGUACUAAGCAUUGGAAGCGUCAUGACGUUCCGAACCGGCUGAGGAUCAUCAGAGAGAGUGUUGAUGCUGGUAAUAGUCCUUUAGCGGAAAAAUAUGAUGAUGAUAUUGAUUAUGGCCAUGAGUAUACGUUGCCUGCUCGGAAACAAAGAUACAAUUAUGGUGAAGAGCAUCUUGAAGAAAAGAACAUGGUGGUUAUCGACAAUGAUGCCUAUAGUGCAGCUGUUUCUGAACAACGCAGUCAUGAUGGCCAUGGUCAUGCUGCUCCCUGGAAACACAUGGGUGGUGCUGAUCAUAACGAUAUAUACGACGACGAUGAUGUUUCUAGUAAAGAUUCAAGGUUUGAUGUUUCUAGUAAAGAUUCAAGGUUCGAUGAUGACGAAGAAGACGAGGAUGAUAGAAGGAUAAUAAGUAAGCAAAUUGGGCUGUUGAGUUUGUUCAAAUACUCCACAAAGUUUGAUAUACUUCUCAUAAUAUUUGGUUGUUUGGGAGCUCUCAUCAAUGGAGGAUCACUUCCUUGGUAUUCAUUUCUAUUUGGGGAGUUUGUUAACAAGAUUGCUAUCGAAGCUACGGACGACAAGAACAAGAUGAUGCAUGACGUGGGGAAGGUGUCACUAUUCAUGGCUGGACUUGCAGCUCUAGUGGCAGUUGGAGCAUACAUGGAGAUAACAUGCUGGAGAAUGGUCGGGGAGAGAUCAGCGCAACGUAUUCGAAGAGAGUAUUUACGAGCAGUACUAAGACAAGAUGUUGGGUUUUUUGACACCAAUCUUAGCACUGGUGAUAUCAUGCAUGGCAUUUCAAGCGAUGUUGCUCAUAUCCAAGAAGUCAUGGGAGAAAAGAUGCCUCAUUUUGUACAUCACAUAUUCACCUUCAUUUGCGGAUACAUUGUUGGAUUCAUCAAGUCAUACAAGGUUGCACUAGUCAUUCUGUCAGUUACCCCAGUGACUAUGUUUUGCGGUUUCGCGUAUAAAGCAAUCUACGUUGGUUUAAGUACAAAAGAAGAACUUUCAUAUAGAAAAGCAGGUAACAUAGCAGAGCAAGCCAUAAGCUCGAUUAGAACAGUCAUCUCAUUUGUGGCCGAGAACCGUUUGGUACACAAAUACAGGACGUUGUUGGAGGAAUCAGUUCCUUCUGGGAUUAAGAUUGGUUUUGCUAAAGGUGCUGGUAUUGGAGUCAUCUAUUUGGUUACUUACUCGACGUGGGCUUUAGCUUUCUGGUAUGGUUCUAAGUUAGUUGCUAGAAAUGAGAUAUCUGGUGGUGCAGCCAUUGCUUGUUUCUUCGGUGUCAAUGUGGGGGGAAGGAGUUUGGCAUUGUCGCUAUCGUAUUUGGCACAAUUUUCGCAAGGAACGGUGGCAGCGAGUCGUGUGUUUGAAAUCAUUGACAGAAUCCCAGAGAUUGAUCCAUACAACAUGAAAGAAGGGAAGAGUCUUCCUUCAAGUGUGGUUAAAGGGAAGAUUGAGUUCAAAGAUGUGAGUUUCGCGUACCCUUCUAGACCCAUGUCGCAGAUCAUUCAAGCCUUAAACUUGGUUGUUCCACUUUCAAAGACUCUUGCACUGGUUGGACCCAGUGGUGGCGGCAAGUCGACUCUUUUUGCAUUAAUCGAGCGGUUUUACGAUCCUACUCAAGGUACGGUCAAAUUGGAUGGUCAUGAUUUAAGGACACUUCAAGUGAAGUGGUUGAGGGACCAGAUAGGCAUGGUUGGCCAAGAGCCGGUUCUAUUUGCCAGUACAAUACUAGAGAAUGUGAUGAUGGGUCAUGAAAAUGCAACUAAGAAUGAUGCUAUCUCUGCUUGUAUUGCUUCAAAUUGCCACAGCUUCAUCUCUGCGCUUCCGCUAGGUUAUGACACUCAGGUUGGUGGAACUCAACUCUCUGGAGGACAGAAGCAGAGAAUAGCGCUUGCCCGGGCUAUGGUGAAAAAUCCCAGAAUCCUUCUGCUAGACGAACCCACCAGUGCAUUAGACCCCGAGUCAGAGACUCUUGUUCAAAAAUCCAUCGACAGGAUAUCCGCUGGCCGUACAACUCUAGUCAUUGCUCACCGGCUAGCAACAGUUAGACAUGCACACACCAUUGCUGUCCUCAGCAAUGGCUCGGUAGUUGACAUUGGUGAUCACAAUCAGUUAAUGGGCAGAGCUGGACCAUAUUUCAACCUCGUCAAGCUUGCUUCUGAAACAGCACCUCAACCAGACCCAAAACACAGUAUGGCGCAGAAUUCAUCAGCUUAUGAUCAAUCCUUUGAUGAUGAUAUAUCGAGAACGAGUUAUGCAAAGCCCAUACGCAAACAUCAAAUAGAUGCAGAAGACGAUACGCAGAAAGCCAAACCAAGUAAGAUUCAAAUGUUGGAGAUAUGGAAGUUGCAAAAACCGGAGCUUCUUAAACUCAUGCUAGGGUUUCUGUUGGGUAUGCAUGCUGGCGCAAUACUCUCUAUUUUCCCACUAAUUCUAGGCCAAGCUCUCGAAAUCUACUUCAAUGACGAGACUUCCAAAAUCGAAAAAGAUGUUGGGGUUCUUUGUUUAGCUUUGGUUGGUUUGGGCAUUGGGUGUAUCAUUUCUAUGACAGGACAACAAGGUUUAUGUGGCUGGGCUGGAACAAAACUCACAAAGAGAGUGAGAGACUUGCUAUUUCAAUCAAUCCUAAAGCAAGAACCAGGUUGGUUCGAUCUUGACGAGAAUUCCACCGGAGUUCUUGUUUCGAGGCUGUCGAUGGACUGUGUCGGCUGCCGUUCCGUUCUUGGCGAUAGAUAUUCGGUGUUAUUAAUGGGCGUAGCCUCUGCUGCUGUUGGACUUGCAAUAUCAUUCGUCCUUAACUGGAGACUGACACUGUUGUCCGCGGCUUUAACUCCGUUCACUCUUGGAGCAAGUUAUCUCAGCUUGAUCAUAAAUGUCGGACCACGAUUAGACAACAGUUCCUACGCGAAAGCUAGUAAUAUUGCGGCAAGUGCAGUCUCGAAUAUUCGUACAGUCGCAACAUUUUCAGCUCAGGAAAGAUUAGUUUCUUCUUUCCACCAAGCUUUGUCAGAGCCGCAGAAGAAAUCUGCGAAACGGUCACAAAUCUUAGGUUUAGCACUCGGAUUCUCUCAAGGUUCCAUGUACGGGGCUUACACGUUAACGUUAUGGUUCGGAGCUUAUUUGAUAAAGAGCGACCAAGCAAGUUUUGGUGAAGUAUCGAAGAUUUUCUUAAUUUUGGUUCUAAGUUCAUUCUCAGUCGGCCAAUUAGCAGGUCUUGCACCUGACACAUCGAGGGCCGCUACUGCUGUUCCAGAGGUUUUUGAUAUCAUUAACCGCAAACCGUUGAUUGAUGGCGACAAAGGGAAGGGAAACAAGAUUGACGGAUCGAAACCAUUAAAUGUUGACUUCAAGAAGGUGACAUUUUGGUACCCAUCAAGGCCAGAGGUGAUUGUGUUGAGAGAUUUUUCAUUGAAGGUGAAAGGAGGGACUAUGGUGGCUCUUGUCGGAGGAAGCGGGUCUGGGAAAUCGACCGUGGUUUGGUUGGUUCAGAGGUUUUAUGAUCCAAAUGGAGGGAGGAUUAUGAUAGGAGGGGUGGAUAUCAGGGAGAUGAAUGUGAAGGGGUUGAGGGAACAAAUAGCUUUGGUUGGACAAGAACCGGCAUUGUUUGCUGGAACUAUAAGAGAGAAUAUUGCAUUUGGCAAACCGAAUGCAUCUUGGGCUGAAAUUGAAGAAGCUGCAAAAGAAGCUUAUAUUCACAAAUUCAUCAGUAGUCUGCCUCAAGGAUAUGACACCGAGGUAGGAGAAAGUGGAGUGCAAUUAUCAGGUGGACAGAAACAGAGGAUUGCGAUAGCCAGAGCCAUACUGAAGAAAUCAAAUGUAUUAUUGCUAGAUGAAGCAAGCAGUGCAUUGGACUUGGAAUCAGAGAAACAUGUUCAGGAGGCUCUAAAGAGGGUUUCGAAGUUAUCCACCACUAUAGUGGUGGCUCAUAGACUCUCAACCAUCAGAGAGGCAGACCGCAUAGCUGUGGUCCAAAGUGGUUCUGUAGUUGAGUUUGGUAGUCACCAACAACUCAUGGAUUCCCAUCCUGAUGGUGCUUAUGCUAACCUUGUUCGAGCCGAAAUGGAGUCCCAUGCACUAGCUUAA